AUGCUGCUUGGACAGAGGCUAACAAGACACAUAACAGGCAUAUAUAUCGGCCUCGGCGCGUUAGCCUUUAACUACACAUUCCCCCUGAAGAUCGUCGCGCCACCGUAUAAUUGGAACCCUAAUAACGCUGGUCUCAUCGCUCUGGGCAACAUAAUCGGCUACGCACUUGCUGUACCAUUUGCCUCUUCAUCAGACCGCAUAGCCGCCUACCUCACCAAACGCAACAACUCUAUCCGCGAAGCUGAAAUGAGACUCUGGGUUCUCCUCCCCGUAUGCCUCAUCGCUCCCGCAGGCCUGAUCUUAUACGGCUUCACCGCCCAACGCAACCUGCACUGGAUAGGCUAUUUCGCUGGCGUCGCCAUGACAGAUUUCGUCAGCUACUUCUACUUUUCAUUUGUGCUCGCUUAUGCAGUGGACUCCAUGACUGCCAACACUGCCGAAAUGUUGAUUUGCAUGAAUCUGGGAAAACAGGCUAUUUCCUUUGGUAUGGGGAUCUAUCUCCUGGAUUGGAUUCUGGAGCAUGGGUAUGCGAAGAUUAUUGGUGGUGCGUUUUGUGCGGUGUUGGCGUGUAACAAUCUGGCGGUGUUGGUUUUCUUGCCGUUUGGUAAGAAUAUUAGGAGGGGGUUAUAUAACAGUUGGCUUGGACGGCUGCACAAGAAGACGAGCAAAGGUGUGGAAGUUGCUUGA